AUGGCGUCAUCUUCUAGCAGUGGGCUAACAUUCAAGCUCCACUCACUGGUAAUUGUGAACAUAUCGGAUCACUACACUAGGGUCAAGUCUCAGUCUCAACCUCCUCACUCUGCCUCCUCCAACGGUGGUGACUCCGUCACUUCUCCACCUCCUCCUCCGCCCAGGGUCUUCGGUUGCAUCAUCGGCAUGCAAAGGGGUCGCACCGUCGAGAUCUUCAACAGCUUUGAGCUUCUCUACGAUCCCUCCAAACAUUCUCUCGAUCAUGCCUUCCUCGAGAAGAAACAAGAGCUAUCAGACAAGAAAGUUUUUCCUAAUUUCUAUAUACUGGGAUGGUAUUCGACUGGGAAUGAUGCAUAG